AUGUCGGCGGGAGAGGCGGCGCGGCCCUCGCCGGCCGCUGAGGAGAUCCGCGCCCCGCCUCCCCUCCCUCCGCGGGCCGGGCUGAGCCGGCCGGAGAUCGCGCGCUACUCGCGGCAGCUGGUGCUGCCGGAGCUGGGCGUCGCCGGGCAGCUGCGGCUGUCGGCCUGCUCGGUGCUGGUGGUGGGCUGCGGCGGCCUGGGCUGCCCGCUGGCCCAGUACCUGGCGGCGGCCGGCGUGGGCCGCCUGGGCCUGGUGGACCACGACGCGGUGGAGCUGAGCAACCUCCCGCGGCAGGUGCUGCACGGCGAGAGCCGCCUGGGCCGCCCCAAGGCCCGCUCGGCGGCCGCCGCCUUGCGGGAGCUCAACUCGGCCGUGCAGUGCGUGCCUUACGAGCUGGCCCUGGGCCGCGACACGGCCCUGCCGCUGGUGCGGGCCUACGACGUGGUGGCCGACUGCUCCGACAACGUGGCCACCCGCUACCUGGUCAACGACGCCUGCGUGCUGGCCGGGAAGCCCCUGGUGUCGGCCAGCGCCCUGCGGCUGGAGGGGCAGCUGGCGGUGUACGGCUACCAGGGGGGGCCUUGCUACCGCUGCCUCUUCCCCAAGCCCCCUCCUCCGGAGACCGUUACCAACUGCGCGGACGGCGGGGUCCUGGGGGUCGUGCCCGGCAUCCUGGGGUCCCUGCAGGCCCUGGAGGUGCUCAAGAUCGCUGCCGGGAUGGGGGCCUCUUCCGGCCCGGCCAUGCUGGUCUUCGACGCCUUGGCAGGACGGUUUCGGCACAUCAAGCUGAGGCCCAGGGACCCGAAUUGCGCCGUGUGCGGCGACAACCCUUCGGUGACGGCCUUGCAGGAUUACGAACUUUUCUGUGGGUCGUCGGCGACGGACAAGUGUCGGAGGUUAUGCCUCUUGGGGAAGGACGAACGGGUGUCUGUGGAAGAGUACAAAAAUAUACUGGACGGCGAGGUCCAUCAUGUGUUGGUGGACGUCCGUCCCCAGGCUGAGGUGGACAUAUGUCGCUUGGCGCAGGCUGUCUUCGUGCCUUUGAGGAAGCUGCAGGAAAAAGAUGAAGGCUGCCUGCAGGUUCUGGUCCAAAGGAUAUGUGAAGCGAGGCGGACGUCAGAUGAAAAUGCAGCGUUCCCAGUUUACGUCGUCUGCAAGUUAGGAAACGACUCUCAAAAGGCAGUAAAAAUAUUGCAGGGAUUGUCUUAUCCUGGGCUCGGUUUGAUUUCUGUUAAGGACAUCAAAGGGGGACUUAUGGCUUGGGCUGCAAAAAUCAAUCCCGAGUUUCCUCAAUAUUGAUUUUAUACUGUGAGAAUC